AUGUCCACUAUCAAUAACAAAGCUGCUGAGAAAUUCAAAACAAGAGCUUUAGCUCGUAUUAAAUCAUCAAAAAAUGAACAACAAUAUGAUUUAAUUGCAAAAGAUGCCUCCAAAGCAAUUGAAUUGGUUCCAGAUAAUUCAAAAGCUUUUUUUUAUUUAGGUAUUGCAUUAACAAAAUUAGAUCAACCAGAUUCUGCUUUAAAAAAUUUAAAUAAAGCUUAUGAAUUAGCUCUUCAAACAAAUAAUAAAUCUGCUCAACAAAUUUGUGAACAAAUCUUGGAAACAAGAAAAGAAUUAGCUAAAAAGGAAAAAAAUGAAAAAAUUUCCCGUACAAAUCCCCUUUAUGAAAAAACUUAUAGAUUAAUUCAAGAAUUUUAUUGGAGUAAAAUUAAUUAUUUAAGAUCAAGAUUUAAUUAUAAACCAUUUUAUGAAGAUGAUACAGAUUUCCAAAAUGAAUACAAGAAUUUAAAAAAUCAAUAUACCAAGGAUCUUGAUGAUUUACGUCAUGUUUUUGAAUCAUCUUUAUCCAAAGAUAGAUCAACAAAAAAUCAAAUUGAAGCACCAGAAUAUAUUUUGGAUCCAAUUAGUUUUAAUAUUUUCCAUGAUCCUGUUAUAACUCCAUCUGGUAAUACUUUUGAAAAAGCUUGGAUUAUUGAACAUUUAAAAUCAAAUCCAACUGAUCCUUUAACAAGAGAACCUUUAAAUGAAUCUCAAUUAAUUCCAAAUUUAGCUGUUAAAAAAAUGGUUGAUGCUUAUAUCAAUGAAAAUAAAGCAAUUUAG